AAGAUUGAACUUGCUAUAAAUUUAGUCUCAGACAUCCAAUUAUGAACCGCUUCUUAAUCUUUGGUUAUUUUACUGGAAAUAGUUGAUAAAGCAAAGUUUAUUCUUGCCAAGCACCAUUGGUGCAAUCCAAACGUCGUUUGUGUUCUACCAGUCAAUAUAUGGUUUUGACAAUUUUGAGGGAUGACUCAUUUACAGUGUACGAAGAUUUGAAUGCCAAUUGCUGAUAAAGGAUGCCAAUCUGUGAGCAAGUUUUGAAGUCUUUAAACAUUGCUCAGCGUAAACAGAAGGAUUCCAUUCCUCCAGCUGCUCAACUGUGGGCCUUAUCUGCGUGCGGUUCGAUUCAAUUUCCAGAACAGUCUUCUCAAAACAAGCAAGCAUUGAGAACCUCGAAGGAAAGGACGGAGAAUAACGGAUUUUGAACCAAUUUCAAUGGAUUCUAUUAUCUGCUGAACUACAACAAAGAUCACAAAAUACAUCACCAUGUCCCUAUUAGGCUAUUUAAUCGCCUUACAUUUGAAAAGAGUUUUGAAUAUUUGAGAAAUAAAUUGUUUUGUGCUUUGGUAGUUUUAUGAGGAUACAAAUACACAAAACAUUGGCCGUAAAACUGCCGAUACUAACAGUGGAUCUUGGUUUCUCAACAGAGGUCUGGCAAGUGUUCGACAGAAUGUGCUGAGAUCUUGAGGCUGGCAUUGUCGUAACGGUUUAUUGAAUAUAUCCUGCUGUAAAACUUUGAGGUUUUUCUCAAAAGCAAUGGCCCUUUUUAUGAAUCGGUUUUUUUCAUGGCUAAUAUUCUGGACAGCUGUUCUCCGUGCUAAUGCUGGAGGACACACCCUAAGAUAACCAAAUGAUACACCAGCAUUACAUGCAAUAAAAUACUCCUUUCAAGCACCACAGAAUGCAAAGAAAUAUCCUGGAACUCUAAGAAUAACACUACCAGACAUAAAAACCGCAUUGAAAACUCAGCCUCUAUCAAUAGAGCAGUUCAAAUAUCAGACCACGUAAAUCUAUCACAAAUAACAGUCCAAGAUCGUAAUCGAUGGAAGGAAUGGAUUGACAUCAUAUGCUACACCUGUGAUAAGUAAAACAUUAUUUCAACGAAUCGAGAAGGCAAAGAAAUAGAAAAAGAUAAAGAAGAAGAAAAGAAAAAGAAGAAGAAUUCAAGUACAAUUGGUAGUUAAGAUAGACGCAUUUGCAAUAGGCCAAAACAAUUUUCGGCAGUCAAAUUAGUCUCUGUCAUCUUAUCAAAUUAACACGUUGUGAGCUCCAUUCACAAAAACCAAUCAGACUACAGAAGGGCCUAUCCACAAAAUAACCACUGGUAAACUGUAGAACAUCGACUAGGCUGUAGGUAUCAUGGUCGAGCAUUGCCCAUCUCUAAGAAAAAUGCAGGAUAGGCAUGGAGAAACGAUACAUGAAUGAAUGAACAAUUACGCAGAUACCAGGACACAUUUUAUAGAGGAUGUUCGUUUACGUUGACAAGAAGUCACGGCAUUGUUUACACACCAGUACUUCAUGUAAAUCGUUUUGGGUACGGUGGCGUGGCUUGUGAUUGGACCAUCAAUUCAUUUUCUGGUCAAAAUAUCAUACUGAAGAUCCCAAGAGUGAUUAAAAAGGCAGACUGUGACUGUUCAUGUUUCCAACUAUCAAUUACUGGUGAAGAUGGAUCUGUUAUAAAAAAGCUGUGUAGUAAAGACCUUCCAUUGACUCUUGACGCGGGCGACGGCAGCGUGAAGAUUUUUCUUACAGGCACUGGAGUAAGUCGACUUCGGAAAGGUCUUCUGUUUUCAUACAAUGUGACGCAAGCACGAAAUUAUAACACAGAAAGGGUAACCUUUGAUGCCAGAAAACGUAAUUUAGUAAACCCACAUAACUGGAUUCAAUUGGACGAUACCAAUGAUGAAAUUAUUCACCGCCUUAGAAGGGACUCAGAUUUGAAGCCAAUGACUGGGCAGUUUAGCAGCGUUGUUACUGUUACUGAACCGUUCACAGGUAACCUCGGUAACAAUUCAGUUAGCGACACCGGCAAAAAGAUCAAGGUUAACAAACUUCCGGUUAUUCUACCAGCAGUAUUAACAGUUGUGAUAUUCAUAGUUUGUGUAGCAUUGAUUGCCUAUAAAAGCUACAACGCGGAAGAUUUUCCUUACGAUGGGGACGUAGCAAAGGGCGGAGAGAAAAGGAGCCCAGAGAGGUUUUCCAUUACGAGGAGCGCUUUGGAUAUACAAAACAGUGAUGAACACGUUUCUUGCUGGCCUAAAAGAAGAAAUGGUAAAAAGCACGGCAGAAGCGAGGUUUAUGAUGUUAUGCUAAAAGAAUACAAAGCAGAGAAACGCAGGAAAGAUCCCCUCAGAAAAAGCUCUACCAUCCAGAUUGAAGGUGUCGGCGGGAAUGACCCACAGUCAAUUGCAAGAAAGCACCUUUUACUCAAUCGAAUGAGAGGUGGAUCAACGCCUGGAGCAGUGAGCACAUUGAUUAAAUUGAGUUCUACUGCUUUUAUUGCAUCAAGUAUGGUCAGGGAUGACAAACAAGAAACAAACGAAAAACAUGAGACGAUUGAAGAAGAAGAUUCGACUCCACUUAUAAAUAAUGAAGAACAAUCUAGCAAGAACCCUUCCCCUAAACAGCAAAUACGCGGAAAUGGCAAGCUACCUGAUGCAGAAUCUUCAGGGUCUGAAGAAGGGAGGCCUGGAAUACCGAAGAUUGAGCUUGCAUUGUCCAAUCCGCUACCAUUUAAGCAAGAAGACGAUACACAAUCGGAGCAGAAUAGUCCAGAGGGAGUCUCGCUGUCACCUGACUUUUCCACGGAUAGCAAAGAGAAGCGAAACAGCGGGCCAGUUUGGUUCAAAUACAAGCGACUAGAGAAACAGUCUUAUGUUGCCGAUGAUUCUGACGAAGAACUUGAUUAUGACUGUGCCCAACAUAUUCAUCGAAUUUUGUCUGCUUCACGUGAAAAUAUCGAAGAAGCUCGUAGGAUUCUACCCGAUGACGUCAAGGACAUAAUCCUGCCUAAAGAUUUGGAAACUGCUUUAGCUGAAUUUGAGCUCUGGCCUGACUCCUCUGUGUGAAUUCAACUAAAUGAUACCUUGUUUGUAAAAACACUAGUGAAUUACCUCGAAUGGUCUCCAAGAAGAGUCUCCUGUCGCACGUCGGUAUUUUUGAAAAAUGCUAAUAGAAUGAUGACUAGGUAGCCUCUCAAUGAGACGGAGUCUGAGUUCAAUGAGUUCAGUUUGAUGAUGUUCAGCUCUACCCUGUUCCUGAGCGGUAUCGUGGAGACGAACCUGCAUCUGGAAAUGAAUUUGAAGUUUCUGCUAAAGUUGUCUAGUCCAAGUAAUUAAUGAUGGAAUCAUCAAGCUAUUUCUUUAGUUUUUAUCAGUAGCUCGUUUUAUGAAGGUUGAAACGUUUUAUUUAAAAGUCUAGAGUAAAUUAAGACUUUCUAUGCUAUCACACAAUUAUCCUAACUGCUGCUUUACAAGUCGACACACUCAUUUUGUUAUUUGAAACUAUACUGUAAAAAAUAUUUGUUACUGCAUUUCUUAACAUAUAGAAAUCUGAAUUUCUGAAUUUACAAUAAUGCUUCAAGAAGUGUCAAAACUACUGAACAAUAUUUGAACCCAUAAGCGUACGGCGGAAUUUUUACAGGGGGGCGGUAGGAUUUUGCCUGAGUACAGAGGCAUGCAUAUAUUUAUGAGCCUGUUGGUGAUAAGGAGCUUGACAUAAGAAUAUUUAGAUUACGAGUUCUUUUUCACCGAAAUAUCUAAAGUAAAAAUAGUCAGUUGAGAGUAGAGCAAACCAAUCAGAAACAUGUUUUGGGGGACAUGCUAUCCUUAUCGAUUCUUCUAUAAUGUCUACUGUUCAGAUCUAAAAGUUUGAUCUAAGUACUCAUAGAUAAGGGCAGCAAUGUAUAAUAUUUUCCAAUAUUUUACUUAAUAUCACUUAAAAUACUAUUAUUAACUCUUGAAUUCGGCUACAAUCAAAAGAAAUGUGAGUCCCGACCCUUUCUAUGUCCAAAUGUAUCAAUCAUAGCAUUCAUGUCACUUUUCAAAACUUCGUUUGAAAAUUUUCUCUCGAUGCUAAGUAGUGCCAAAUUGCUCAGCCGUUCUUGGCCCAUGGUUGAUCUGAGAUAUGUUUCAGCCGUUGAAGGUUGAAGGCCACUGAAUGAUCGUUCAGCUAAGCAAUGUUGCUUCUACAGGAAUGGCAGUACUUGAUGCAAACCUUCUUGAAACAUCUUCUGGACAAGCAUUGCUGCAUUAUUACCAUAAGGUUCAGAAGCGCUUUGCUUCUUGUAAUUUUCAAAAACUAUCUUAUCAUUUUUAAGGCACUCUUGGUCGAUUUGAUAAUGCAACUAUAUUGACACGUAGCUUUCAGUCUUUGGGUUAUAUGAAGAUACCACGAAUGUUCAACCAAAUUGCCUAAAGUAAGUCCCAUCACUUUCCAGUGUCAUUUCUGCCCAACUAUUUGCGGAUAAUUUUUGAAAAUUUGCCCGACUGACAUGGUUUUUUGAAAAACUGGGGGAGGGGGCUGCCGCCCCCCCCCCAGCCCCCCCGGCCAGCACGCUUAUGUUAGCCAAGUGUAUAACGUGAAUGAGUCAUUGUUAAACAUUGCAAUUGUGCAGUGGCAACAGACACUUUUGAUGCAGCUUACGGUUGGUUUUAGGAUAAAUGAUUGGUGUCUAGAGGCCAUGGGACUAUAAACAUAUUCAAUAUUACUACAAAUGAUAAUUUUUCCCACAAUUAAGUUUUAUUGCUUUUAUUACUAUGUAAUUGCUCGCUAUUUCGUCAUACAUAUUUCGCAGUGACUUUGUCUGUCAAAUUUUUAAUGGAUAUAAUUUAUUUUUUAUUCAUAUUCAACUCUCGUUCUUAUGGGAAACUGAAUUGUAAUUAAAAUCGUCGCAAUGAAUAAUCUUUGAUGAGAUACCUUUUAAUGUUGCCUUGUUUUUACAGAAAUGUCAUUUUGAGGAUCUUGAGAUUUAAAGGAAUGUUCUUCCAAUGGUCUCGGUUUGUUCUUCCAACAGUGAAAAAAGACAGUACUUUACCAAUUAAUGCCUUUAAGGCAAAGGGGUACUGCCAAAUAAUGAGGUGACAAACGAAUUUGUGCUAAAGGGUUAGAAUAUUGUGCUCCUUGGAGAGCAAGGACUUAGGUAAUCAUCUUAUUUUAGUUGAAGUUAAAUCCGACUCUUCAAAAUUUAAAUUCGCACAAGCCUUAUAAGCAGUGGCAUGCUGAGGAUGAGAUCGCAGGGGGAAGGGGAGGUGGGGGGCAAAGGGGCACAUUUAGUUAUCUUCAAAAUCUUUCUUGGAGGUUUUGGAAAUGUGCAGAAAAUAACAAGAGCUCGGAAGCACGCAGAUCUGUGUCUAUCUAUCUAGCAUACUGAAAGACCUUCAAAUGGGAGGAGAUGAGGUAGUCAAUUACUGAUAGAGAACUUUCAAAUAGAGUAUGUUAUUCUUUGUAAUGCCUAACAGUGUUGAGUUUCGUUGUAGUCCCCCUUGACCGCGCUAGUUUCUAGGUCCCUGUGAGCCGUCUUCGCUUCCCGCUUCGUGAAUCGGAAACUCUCUAUUAUCAAACUGCACAACAAUGAUAAUCAGGGACGCGGGGCCGUAAAUCCCGGGGGACGGGGGAACUAGACCCCCUAAAAAACUGGAGCAAAACGAUUUUUUUAGAAAUUAUCAGCAUUUUCCUUAAAAAAAGAAGUCCCUAGUAGCCGGGUUAGAACCAAACUACGUUUUUUCUGUGUUAUUGCAACAAACCUCAGACACUUUGUCAUGGUGUCAAGUGCAAGUUGACUUUUGCUGAUGGCUGUUUUUUUUGUAAGCAGAGUGGUUUUUAUCAUAUUUACAAGAUAAGAUUAUAUUUCAAUUAUUUGCUUUUAUUUAGUAAAUCACUUUCUGUAUCAUUACAAUGCAUUCAUUUUUGAUGUGUAAACAUGGUCUACUUAAAGCACUCAAAGUAAGGAAGACGCACAUUUCUUUUCAGAAAGUAAAUUUCUACCAAUCAAAACAGUCUGUCACUAAAGUUUAACCAUGACUCUUCCCCUCCACAA